AUGUCUACAACGCUCACAAACACGGAAAGUAGAUUAGAUUAUUCUACGGAGAUAAUAAAUGAGGUGGGCUUGGCAGGUUUUAACGACCAACUCGUGUACGAGAUUGUGAAGUUGAGCGACUGCGAAUACGACAGUGAAACUGAGACCUUCUACUACCUGUGCCCAUGCGGAGACAUAUUUGAACUGUUUCUAGAAGACCUUCUGAAGGGCAAUAACGUUGCCGAGUGUCCGAGCUGCUCUCUCCGGAUUAAGAUAGACUUGAAGCCGGGCGACUUGGACGAGUAUGUCCAAAUGAGAAACUAG